AACCGUCAACUAUCUGUAUAAUAUUUCAUUAAUAGUCUUCAAUGAUUACUCUUCCUCACAUUCUUUCCAUCCAGUAUAUUACCAGUCAACAUCCCAUCAAAAGAUCCAAAUUCCCAUCUGGGUUUUUCUCUUUACACCAAUUCCACCUUAAAUGGGUCGCAAACCAAACGAACCUGAAGCCCCCCGUUUCACCUCUCCCAUUCUCCUUUCCUUGGGCUUGAUCUCCUGCGCUGUAGUCUACACAUUCCUCUCUUUUAUCACCAAAUCAAAUGACGCCUCUUUGAAUGCGGACCUCGAGUCUUUAACGUCUGUGAAAGGUAGUGAAUUUGGUGAGUGUUGUCAAGGGAUUGAGAAUUUGGAGCUUUGGGGCAGUGCUGUGAAGUGGGGGUCUGAGUUUAAGUUUAAUAGUUCUAAAGAAUGUUGUGAGGCUUGUAAGGCCAUGUGCACCGGCAAUGAUGGCCCUUGCUUGUGUGAUACUUGGGUGUUUUGUGGGAACAGGGAUGUUUGUGGAUCAAGAUUCGGUGAGUGCUGGUUGAAGAAACAAAAAGAUGUCCUGGCCCCUGAUCGGCAAGAAGCAGGGAAAACAGUUAUGUGGGCUUCUGGGCUCAUCUAUGGAAAAGGAGAGGGAAUUAUUGGCUUGGAAACAGAUUAUGGAACUCUGCAUAUAAAACUUCUCCCUGAGUGUGCCCCACAUUCUGUAGCCUACAUUCUUGAGUUGUUGACAUUACGCCAUUGUGCGGGUUGCCAGUUUCAUCGUGGAGAGAGUCGCAGUGAAUCUUGGGAUGUAGAAGGAAACCACAUAAACAAUGCUCCUUUUGGCCCUCCGUUUGCAUUGAUUCAAGGAACACUGGAAGCUCAAGGAAUCACUUUUAAGGAGAUUCCAACGGAAGUGUGUCCUUUGAUCAGUAGAGGUUCAGUUGCAUGGGUCGGUUCAGGUCCGGAAUUUUUUAUAAGCCUAGCAAACCACCAAGAGUGGAAAAAUUCGUACAGUGUGUUUGGUUCUGUUCUUCCAGAAGACAUGGGAAUUGCAGAGAAAAUUGCGCUUCUGCCCACCAAAUCAGAUGUUUGGAAUGGUAUAAAUGUGACUGUAUUGAAAAAACCUGUUGCCUUGAAGUUGAGAAGAAUGAAGCCAAGUCUUGGAGAUCUAAAUUCAAAUAGGAAAUCAGAGUAAACGUUUUGUUUUCCUAAGGAAGACAAAUGAAACCAGAGAGAGAGAUUGUAGUUUUUCCUUCUAAUGAGUUCAAGUGAUGGAUGGAGUUGUUUAUACAAAUGUGAAAUAAGAGUGAAGUUAAAUUCUUUCAUCUUUUGGUUACAUGUUUAUAUCACACUGCUCCGAAUUUCCAGAAUUUUUGCUUAUUUCUCCUAUUUUCUGUUUCAUCUGAAUAACAUUACCUUCAGAGAACAGAAAAGGAUAUAGUAACUCUGCAUAAAUUUUCUAAAUACUUCUUAUGAUAGAGUUUCAAGUGUUGUAAUAUAUUGAUGUACGGGCGUUGUGGUUGAUAUUU